AUGGCAAAGCAGACCACAAUCAAGGAGUUCGAGGCUGUCUACGAGAAGCUGCAAGAGACGCUCCUCGACCAUGCCAAAUCCUACAAGCUCCCCCAGACCGAGCUGGAAUGGUACAAGCAGAACAUCCGCGAGAACCCCAUGGGCGGCAAGUGCAACCGUGGCAUGUCCGUCCCCGACUCUGUCUCCCUCCUCCUCGGCCGCCCCCUGACCGAAGAUGAAUACUUCAAGUCGGCCACGCUCGGCUGGAUGACCGAACUCCUCCAGGCCUUCUUCCUCGUCUCGGACGACAUUAUGGACGGCAGCCUGACCCGCCGCGGCCAGCCCUGCUGGUACCUCAAGCCCGGUGUCGGCAUGGUGGCCAUCAACGACGCCUUCCUGCUCGAGUCGGCCAUCUACACCCUCCUCAAGAAGUACUUCCGCGACCACCCGGCCUACGUCGACCUCAUCGAGCUCUUCCAUGAGACCACGUACCAGACCGAGCUCGGCCAGCUGUGCGACCUCCUCACCGCGCCCGAGGACAAGGUCAACCUCGACAACUUCUCCAUGGAGAAGUACCGCUUCAUCGUCAUCUACAAGACGGCCUACUACUCCUUCUACCUCCCCGUGGCCCUGGCCCUCCACUUCCUCAACCUGGCCACGCCCGAGACACUCAAGCAGGCGGAGAACAUCCUGAUCCCGCUCGGCGAGUACUUUCAGAUCCAGGACGACUUCCUCGACAACUUUGGUCUGCCCGAGCACAUUGGCAAGAUUGGCACCGACAUCAAGGACAACAAGUGCUCGUGGCUGGUCAACCAGGCCCUUGAGCUGGCCACCCCGGAGCAACGCCAGAUCCUGGAGCAGAACUACGGCCAGAAGGACGACGCGAAGGAGGCGACCAUCAAGACGCUGUACGACGACAUGGGUCUCAAGAAGCGCUUUGAGGACUUUGAGGAGAAGCGCGCCGGCGAGCUCCGCGCCAUGAUUGACCAGAUUGACGAGAGCACCGGGCUCAAGAAGGACAUUUUCGAGGUCUUCCUGUCCAAGAUCUACAAGAGGAGCAAGUAA